UUGAUCGGACUAACGAUGAAGUGGAAAUUAGCAUUGCGUAUUUUGAUAGCUAUAAUAGCGGUUUCUAAAGCAUCACCAAUUCUUGAAGAUAUUUACGAACAAAAGGACCUGGAGUUCGUUCUGGUAGACCUGCUAAACCACGCCGAACGCUAUCACGACAUUACUUGCGUAGCUGUUAUAUGUGAUGCUAUUUAUUUCAACGUCUUCGACGGCGCAUUCUUUAAAAGGAUUGAUCUGAUUGUGCCUUUUGUUAUGAUUGUGGUAGAAGAAUACGAAGACUUACUAUCACCCAACUUUGAUACCCUGGAAGCAUUGAGAGAAGCUAGAAGAGAUGGUUGCAAUAUGUAUAUAAUAUUGCUAGCUAAUGGUCUUCAAGCAGCUAGACUUCUAAAAUUUGGCGACAGGCACAGAGUCUUAGAUACAAGAGCUAAAUACAUAAUUUUACAUGACUACAGACUUUUUCACAGCGACCUACACUAUCUUUGGAAAAGAAUCGUUAACGUAAUAUUUCUUAAGCACCACCGGAAGAUCGGCAGUGUCGCGAAAAGCCGAGCUUGGUUUGAUCUUUCAACGGUUCCAUUUCCAAAUCCAAUUAAGGGCGUGUUCGUCCCCCGUCGCGUUGAUCUCUGGAAGAGUGGGAAGUUUCACUACAACACAGUUCCGUUCGCCGAUAAGACUAGUAACUUGAACGAUGAAGUUCUGCAUGUAGUUUAUUUGGACCACGUGCCUUCUGUUGUUGUUGUGAACAGUAACGAAACGGGUCAAAUUGGGGGCGUGGAAAUAGAGAUAAUAAACACAUUAUCUGAAAAAAUGAAUUUUAGACCGAAAUUAUACCAGCCAAUGAAUGUCGAACUUCAUAAAUGGGGCCAAAAGCAACCCAACGGCUCCUUCUCUGGUCUCCUCGGAGAAAUGGUUAAUGGGAGAGCCGAUUUAGCACUGGGGAACUUGCAAUACACCCCAUACCAUUUGGAGUUGAUUGACCUUAGCAUACCGUACACGUCGCAGUGCUGGACUUUUCUCACGCCCGAAGCUUUGACUGAUAAUUCUUGGAAAACUCUUCUUUUGCCUUUUAAACUUUACAUGUGGAUUGCUGUAGUAUUAGUACUGUUAAUAACAGGUACUAUAUUCUAUGGAUUAGCGAGAUAUCAAACUUAUUUACACGGACUAAAACGCCAAGAGGAAAAUGAAAAAGCGGAUUCGAAACCUGUCGGACUUUACCUGUUUGGCGAAAUAAUCAACAGCAUUCUGUAUACGUAUGGGAUGUUGCUCGUCGUGUCAUUACCGAAACUGCCAACAGGCUGGUCUAUUCGAUUCCUGACUGGCUGGUAUUGGUUGUACUGUAUAUUACUGGUGGUUUCGUACCGAGCAAGCAUGACCGCUAUCCUGGCUAACCCAGCGCCAAGAGUGACGAUCGACACGUUAGUCGAAUUGGCCGCCAGUAAACUUACUUGUGGAGGCUGGGGAAUCGAAACUAAGAAUUUUUUUCAAGAUUCCUUGGAUGAUAUUGGACAAAAAAUUUCUGACAGAUUCGAAAUUAGUAACGACCCUAAUAUUGCGGCUGAUAAAGUCGCUCAGGGUACAUUUGCGUAUUAUGACAAUAAAAACUUCCUAAAAUACAUCAUUGUUAGAAGACAAAAUGGUUUUAUUAUGGAAACUAUUGAUAACACAACUAAUCUUACCAGCAUUAGCACUAAAAACAACAAUGAGAGAAAUCUUCACAUUAUGUCUGAUUGCGUUGUGAACAUACCUAUCUCGAUUGGAUUUCACAAGAAUUCUCCACUCAAACCUUUAACUGAUAUAUACAUAACGAGAAUAGUCGAGGUUGGUUUGGUUGAGAAGUGGCUGAAUGAUGCUAUGUACACAAUUAAAACAUUAGAAACAAACGAGGAGGAGAUCAAAGCUUUAAUGAACUUGAAAAAGCUUUAUGGAGCCUUCAUAGCAUUAGCCAUCGGCUACUUCUUGAGCGUGAUGUGCCUAAUUGGAGAGCUGGCCCACUGGAAUUGUGUUGUGAAGAAAGACCCAAACUAUGACAAAUAUGCUUUACACAAAUAUUAUGAGAAAAUAAACAAAAAGCAGUAGUUUGAAAAGAAAAUGUAUUGACAAUAUUUACA